AUGAUGCAUUUGUUUACUUCAACGGCAUUCAAAGCCAUCACUGUACUGGCUUCGGCGUCCUCCAUUGUUGCCGCUCCCACAAACAACACUGCCCCUAGCAGCACAAAUGUCGCUGUCCACAACAACUUCAACUGCAAAAGCAUACAACACCCCAAUCCUGUCGUUCUUCUACACGGCAUGGGGGGUAACUACACCAGUGGUCUAGAAAAGCUUGAGCUAUUCCUCCAACAGCAAAAUUAUUGCACAUACUCCCUCACAUAUGGCGCCCAUCCUGACAAACCUGAGGCUGGCGGUAUCCUGCCUAUCGACAUUUCUGCGUUUCAAAUCGCCAGCUUCAUUGAAGAAGUCAAACUCAGAACAGGAGCCAACAAGAUAGACCUUGUUGGCCACUCAGAAGGGGCCUUCAUGUCUCUCUACGUGCCCAAAACGACUGGGGUCUCCUACCUUAUUGAUAAUAUCGUCGCCACGGCUCCUCCGACACAUGGAACAGACCUUGAUGGCAAAUUCUCAAAAGCCUUCUUCUGGGGACAAUUCAGUCGUGACAUUGUCGGUCUCAUAUUGGAUCUUAAGGGCUGUCCGGUUUGUAACGAGCUUGGAGUUGGCGGGCCCGGCGUCCGUCGACUGGAUCGCGGCAACAUUGUCCAGCCAGGCAACACUGUUACCAUUCUUCAAUCCCUCACAGAUGGUGUUGUCACACCAACAAACACCUCGUUUGUGUACGAAGCAGGUGUGACCAAUUACUACGUCCAAGACUUCUGCCCCGAUGACAAAGUGACGCAUCUGCAGGAGGCUUACGAUAAAAACAUGUGGAAUUUGCUCAUUAAUGCACUGGAAAAGAAGAACGGCCGCUCGUUUGCCUGCGAUUCGGCCUUCAAUUGA